AUGGCUUCAAUCGUUGAACAACUGGCUGAAACAAAUAAAAACAUGGCUCAACUGGUGCUCUCGUUCGCUGCCCUUGCUCAAUCUCUUGGUGCGGUUCAAUCAACCUUGGCUGGCGGCUCCACGACGUCUCUUGCUCAAGCUGGGGCUCUUUCCACGACUUCUACUUCUUCCGUCUAUGGUUCUGGCUCGGGCGCGCCGUCUCAUCCCGUUGCUGCUGCUCAAACUGGUCCCUCUGCUCAAGCUGGUUCUUCUGCUCACGCUGGUCCUUCUGCUCAAGCUGGUCCUUUUGCUCACGCUGGUCCUUCUGCUCAAGCUGGUCCUUCUGCUCAAGCUGGUCCUUCUGCUCAAACUGGUCCGUGUGCUCGAAUUGGCGCUGGCUCUCGUUCGUUUGGCGUUGGCUCUCGUUCGUUCGCUCCUGUCUUCGAUGUCCGUUCUCUAGCUCAAGAGACGUCUUCUCCCUCGUUUCAAGGGCUUAAUUUUGUUUCUGAUUCCACCAAGUUUUCCGAAUUGUUAGUCUUACCUGAUGAUGCUCUACACUCUCUUAUUAACAGAAUUUCAAUGACUGAAACAUUUGUCAAAAAGUCUUUCUCUGCCGUCCUAGAGAAAAUUCCUGACUCUGGUGACUCCACACAGAAUUCCAAAGAUCUCAAACUUGUUCAUGAUAUUUGUGACCAAAUUUCUUUGCCACGACCUAUUUCUGUUCAUCGUCAUGAUUGUAAGUCCCUUCCUCGUCCUCUUAAAAUCAAGUUCGAUACUGUUGAGUCUCGCAAUCUGUUCAUUUUCAAGGCUCGUCGCGCUGUCUUAUCUCUUCCUCAGAUUCCUCCAAUUCCUUUCUUCAAAGUCAGACGCGACAUGACUCUUCCUGAGUUGGCCCUUCUUAAACGCAUUCGCUUUCGUGUUUUUCUUCUGAACAAGGAGAAUCCCAACUCUUUUUAUGUUCGAGAUCUCUCUAUUGCGCGAAAAACUGUCAAAUCGUAUCCAAAAAAUCAUGUAACCCCUAUUUAUUCUUCUGAUGUCAAUGUUAAUCCUAUUGCUCCUAUCUCCAAUGCUGUCAAUGUUAAUCUCGAUCCUGUGAAUUCAUCCCCUCUUCCUGACGCCAUUAUGUCAUCACCUUCAUCUCAUGUUUAACAGUUCUGAAUUACCUGUAACAGAUUCUUCUAACGUGUUUUUCGAGUUACCACUCUCUAACUCUCUCAAAUCUCUGCCUUCUUCUAACUCUCUCUUUCCAUCUAACCCUCUCUCUCCUCCGCGCUCUCCUCACACUUCAAGCCAACAUAUUUAUCGGAAUUUCAAUGGUCUCAAUAUCUUACUUUCUAAUAUUCGUUCCCUACGUUCCUCAAGCAAAAUUGAGCUUUUAUUCGACCACCUUGUGUCUUUAUCGAUCGAUAUUUGUUUUAUUUGCGAAACUUUUUUAACCGAGGAAUUUCCAAACUCACUUUUUAAUCAUUCCUUUUUCAGUUUUCUUCGGAAAGAUCGCUCUAUUUCUUCAGGAAGAGUUUCUGGUGGGGGCGUCAUCAUCAUUUUUCGGAAGACUCUGCCGAUUGUCGAAGUGGAUCUUCUUUAUGACAGGUAUUACCCCUCUCACUUCUGCGAUAUGCUAGCUUUUGACCUCGUAUUUCCUCGCUCUCCCAAAUCUCGUUUUUUCUUAAUUUACAGACCUCCUUCCACUCCUACUGACCGCACUUCUAACUUAUUUAAUCAUAUUUCUCGUUUUAUAACUAAUUCCAAAUGUUCAAUUCUUGGUGAUUUUAAUCUUCCUUCCAUUGAUUGGUCUAAUCUGUCCUGUUCAAAUCCUAGUUCCCAAGCCCUUCUCGAUUUUUUUGCUUGAGCUAUAAUUUUUUUCUCAACUUGUAACCUCGGCCACUAGAAUCACGGAUCAUUCGUCUAAUAUCCUCGAUCUCGUUCUUUCUAAUUCUUCUAAUUCAAUAACUGAUAUCAAAAAUCACUGAGCCUAUCUUGGGUUCUGAUCAUAAUUCUGUUUCAUUCAAAUUCAGUUGCCCUUUUGUUAUCACUCCUUCUGUACCUCAUCGUCGUCUUAACUACAUAAAAUGUGAUUUUGAUUCUCUCAAUCUAUCUUUAUUAUCUUUCAACUGGGUACGUCAACUCAGUUACUUCUCAACAGUCGAAUCCAAACUUCAGCAUUUUUUAACAAUUUUAAAUGAAUUGAUACGCGAUAACUGUCCUCUAGCCGUCAUCUCACACAAUCGCUCUUUCAACUUUAAAACUGAUCGAAUUAUCCGUCGUUUAUUUCAGAAAAAAUCCCUUUUGAUUAGAAACGGUCUCCGCACUAGCUAUUUACGUCACAAGUUAAAUCUUAUUGUCAAUCUCAUUCGGAAAAGGACUGCUUUUUUGUUGAGAAAACAUCACACUAAGGUUUCUCUCACUUACAAUUGCUCCAAGCUUUCUAAGUUCAUAUCUACUCAACUCAAACAAGAUUCUGGCAUCCCCAAUUUGAUUUUUUUAAUGAUAAUUAUAUUACUGACGACACUUCUAAAGCUAAUGUUUUUUUCCUCUGUUUUUCUCCUCCAACUUUGCCGCGCCUAACGCUCCCCUGUUUCCAGCUUUUUCCCUCACCGGAACCUAUCAACUGUAACAUCUCAUUCUCUCCUGAAAUUGUAUAUAAAUUUUUUUGACCUCCUUACCACCAAAAAUGCGGUUUUUUUCUACGGAUAACAUAAACUUUCUAGUCCUGAAAAAAAUGUGCCUUUUCAAUUUCUCUCCCUUUAUCUAUCAUUUUUUUAACGAAUCAUAUCUUACUGGUAUUAUCCCUUCUUCCUUCAAAAACCACUACGAUUAUUCCUGUUCACAAAAAAAGGAAAUCUUUCAGACCCGUCCAAUUUUCGUCCUAUCUCCCUUUACUCAUCCAAUUUCCCGUGUUUUUUUGAACGGAUUGUUACUAAUAUGGUUAGAACUCGCUUUUUCUCAUAGAUUUUCUCAAUUUCAAUUUGGUUUUUUUAAAUCGAAGAUCUUGUAAGCUCUCUCUUAUUAGCUCAAUUUCCGAUAUUCAGAAAUCCUUGGCAUCUAAAAAUUUCUGUUGAUGCUGUCUACUUCGAUUUCUGUAAAGCGUUUGACAAAGUCAACCAUGACCUCUUACGCCUCAAAAAUGCAUAACUUUGGCUUUGAUCAAACUCUCAGUCGCUGGUUUUUCCAACUUCCUUUCUAAUAGAACUUCGACUGUUAAAGUAAACCAAUCCUUUGCUGAUUCUAGUUUCCCUAACCCCUCCGGUGUCCUCCAAGGAACCGUAAGUGGUCCACUUCUUUUUUUGAUUUUUAUUAACGAUAUUGAAAAUUAUAUUGAUGCCUCCACCUCCAUUUCUAUCUUUGCAGACGAUAUAAAAAUUUUUAGUAACUGCCCCAGAUCUCUCCAAAGCAGCAUUAAUGGUAUCCUAGAAUGGUCUCGCAUUUGGUCUCUCCCCCUUGCUUCCGAAAAAACUUUCUCAGUUCAUUUUGGUCCUGAAAACCCUCGAACCCGAUACUUCGUCGACCGUCUUGAAAUCCCUCAAAGUUCCAUUGUUCGUGAUCUUGGUCUUUUUAUUGAUGAUAAACUCUCCUUUAAACAACACAUAAAUCGAAUUUCUGCCUUUGCCACCUUACGCUCUAACCAAAUACUUAAUACAUUCAAAUUUUCUUCUCCUCUUAACUACUUUCGUAUGUUUCAAACUUACGUGGUUCCAGUCCUUGAAUAUUGCUCUGAGCUUUUCUCACCCGCUAUUUCAUCUGAUGAAUCCUACAAACUCGAAUCAUCUCUCCGUCUCUUCAGUCGGAAAGUUUUCAUCCGCUGUAAUGUCAGCUUCUCUUCUUAUUCCGAUCGCCUCAAUCAGUUUAAUAUCAAACCUUUGUUCAUUCGCCGUAAAAUUUGUGAUAUAAUCACCCUACAUAAAAUUGUCUGUGGCUCUGAUCAUUGUCUCGAUCGCAAUAAGUAUUUCACUCAAUCCCUGUUACAGAGAAAUCCACUUCGACUACGGACAGCUGGUCAGUUUUCUAAUGACUACUUUUCUAGGACUAUUCCUCUUUGGAACAAAUUAACUUCUUAUUUGGAUUUUAACGUCACCCCAGAAACCCUUCGGAACAAAUUGAAUAAUCUUCCGAAUCAAGCUUUUUUUAUGAAAAAUAUCCCUUCUCGCCUACUGUAAAAAAUUUCUUCUUACUUCCGGGUACCUGUCAACUCGUUGGGGUUGACUCCUUCCCGCGUAUUGUUAUUCUUCUGCCCGUCAUAUGUUGAUCACUUAUAAUUUUUCUAUACUACCUAAUGUUUUUUUUAUGGCAGUGAAUAAACUAUUAUUAUAGACGAGACAAUUUUCGAAGUGAGUACACAAUAAAAAGCGCAGAACACAAAAAAAAUUUGAAGUUAUGUUGGUGCUGGCAAAAGGACGAAAAGAUGGAAAAAAUGUAUCGAUGGCAGUUUUUGAUGAUCUGAAAAUUAACAAGUUAUAUGCAAAAAAGACCCGUGGAUUUAUACCUAUUUAUCGUUGUCAGUAGCUCCGGCGGCGUUUUCAUGCUCAAUAUCCGGCUGAAAAUAAAUGGAUCGAAAAAAAAAGAUUGAAAGAAAUUGACCACUUUAACAAAACUUUUUGGGUUGGAAACCAAAACACUUGCUUAUUUAGGAUAUUCAAAAGUUUGGAUUUUCACCUGCCAAAUUAAAACUUUCGAGGUCUCUUAAGGCGUUCCAGCAGUUCAAAAUGCCACUUUUUUUCAAAAUUUUUCUUCCUACUGAUGCUAAUAACUUUUUUUCCAAGGAUUUUUUUCGCAGAUUUUUUUGGUGCAAAUCAAAAAGCUGAUUUUUGAUUAAUUUUACCAAUGUCAUGUCGAAAUUUAAAAACUGAUGGAAUUACAGGCAUGAAAUCGGACUGGUCGAUGGGCGUCGACGCCAUCAAUGGCGAUCCCGGCCCCAGUGAGUCUGAAACUUUUAUUUUUUUAAUUCCUUCGAAAUCUCCGAACUUUCAACAGAAAAUUUUCGGUGAAAGUUAUUAGCUAAAGCUUUCUCUGAAUGAUAUUUAGAACUUACACCAGUUUCUGAGAAACGCAUUUGUUUCGAAUAAACAUAAACUCUACCAAGGUAAGAUUUUCAGGAAAGUUUACUUGACUAAUUAAAAGAAGAACAGACUAAAAUAAGGAUGCAAUUGAAUAACCGUUAUUAUCUCAUUUCAUCACGUCGACUAGUCGGUCUCAUUGCCGCUCUCUCAUGGGAUAAUAUUCCGACGCCCGUCAGCCCUGGACAAGCUGGGCGCUGUACUGUUCCAACAUGGUGAAGCAGUUUAUUCGCUGGCACUACCCACGGGAUCACAUUAUUUCCCAACUCCAGCUGUCACGCCGGGACUUAUUGGACAACGAUUGUGGACCGUAAUCCGCGCCAACGACUGACUAACUCUUCGAUCAUACCAUGA